AUGGUGAACUUUUUCAAAUGUCCACGUUUAAUUCGACACACCGAGCCGAAGAAUGUGAUGUUUGUGCAUGGCGAAGCUUCGAAAAUGGAAUUUUUGAAAGAGAAAGUUGAGAAGGAGUUUGGUCUGCGGGUCUACAAGCCGGCGAAUGGUGAAUCGAUAACGAUCGAAAAGGAUGUGGAUGGUUCCUUGACGGUACCAUCGCAAUUGAUCGAACGUUCCAUCGCUCUCGACCCAACUCCAAGCAAGAAAUUCUGCCCUUUUCGUGCAUAUGUGGUCAUGGAUAAACAGUCGAAUCAAUUGGAAGUUAUAUCUGCGAAAGCAGCUGCCAGGCAGUUCAGCGUUAAUUUACAUUCGAUAACAUUCAGUGAUACGAUACAGUUGGAGGAAAUUGAUUGGCAUAAAAUUGCAAAUAAAUUGAGGCGAUUCGAUCCGCAUUUGGACGUUAAACAGGUUUGA